AUGAGCAAUGUCGCCGUCCUCAAGAAACUCAGCAACAUGUUGUCCAACACCAACUCGCAAUUGACCAACGACUCGGUCGAGGAAGUCGAUCUUCUGCUGUCAAACACCAACGCCCUGCUGAUUCUUCAACUUGUCAAGGAUUUCACUGGCCUUAUUGAGAGCAUCACGCCUGUCAUCACGCCGGCGCUGCUCGCCAAGGUCGGCGGUCUUUAUGACACGGCCAGUUGA